CCUGUAUUUCAGGGGGCAGGACUUUUUUGGAUAUCCCUGUGUUUAGGUGCUGAACUUGGACUUUGCUGUCAUUAAUUCUGGACUUGGAUUUGCUGUUUUUAAAUACUUAACUUGGACUUGGCUCUGUUCAAGUAAUGAACUUCUACUCAGCUGUGUUUCAGUGCUGAACUUGGACUUGGUUAUUAAUUGUGAACUUGGAAUUUGCUUUGUCUUUGUAUACUGGAUUCGGAUUUGGCUGUGUUUAUGUACUGAACUUGGAUUUAGCUGUGUUUAUUUAUUGAUUUUAGCUCCGUUUAUGUAAUGAACUUGUAUUUAGUUGUGUUUAUGUACUGAACUUGGAUUUGGCUGUGUUUAAGUGCUGAAUUGUUUUGUGUUUAUGUACUGAACUUAAAAUUUCAGUGCUGACUUCAACUGUGUUAAAGUACUGAACUUGGAGCACAGUAUUUCAGUGCUGAAUUUAGCUGUGUUAAAGAACUGAACAUGGGUUUGGCUGUGUUUAAGUGCUGAAUUCAUCUCAGUUUAUGUACUGAACUUGGGUUUGGCUGUGUUUAAGUGCAGAAUUGACCUCUGUUAAAGUACUUGGACUUGGACUUGGACUUGGCUGUUGGUGUACUGAACCUGGGCUUUUGCAGUAUUUCAGUGCUGGUUUUAACUGUGUUUAUAUACUGAACUUGGACUUUAACAUAUUUCAGUAUUGAAUUUAGCUGUUGUUAAGUUCUAAACUUGGAUUUAGCUGUGUUUAAGCAACAUUUUUCUGUGUUUAUGUACUGAACUUGGAUUUGGUCGUGUUUAUGUACUAAACUUGAACUUUUCAGUAUUUCAGUGCUGUAUUUAACUGUGUUAAAUUACUAAACAUGGACUUUGCUGUAUUCAGUGCUGGAUUUAGUCUUAAAUAGUUUUUAACAACUGGACUAGGACUUGGCUGUGUUUUGGAACAGAAUUUGGACUUGUGUUGUUAAGUGCUGGGUUUAGCAGUGUUUGGACCUGGAUUUUGGACUUGGACUUUGCAGCUUUAGGAGAGUUGGACUUUGGGUUGGGAGGGAGGGCACUGGCUGUCCUUCAUUGCUACACUCCGGGACUGUUUAAGAGACAGACUGUGUAAAGCUGUGCGGGAUCUCUCUCUAUCCCUCUCUCUCUAAAUGUCGUGGCAGUACACAGACCUCCUCUCCCACCCGCUGUGGUUCGCCUGCACCGUGCUUCUGGCUGCGGUGACCCGCGCCCAGCGAAGAGGCCGGUGGAACCCUGGGGCGUGUGCAGUUAAGCUCAAUGGCAAAACAGCGAUAGUGACCGGAGCAAACACAGGGAUAGGAAAGUUCAUCGCCCUGGACCUUGCUCGGCGUGGAGCACGGGUCAUUCUGGCCUGCAGAAGCAAGGACCGUGGAACAGGAGCUCUGAACGAGAUUCGAAAGCUUAGCGGCAACCAGGACGUUCACCUGCGGCUGGUGGACACGUCCUCCCUUGAAUCGGUCCGCAAGUUUGCUGCCCAGAUCCUAGAGGAGGAGAAGGAGCUUCAUAUACUGGUCAAUAAUGCUGGGGCUUCAGGCCUCCCCAAGGGAAUGACCGCAGACGGACUGGACAUAACCUUCGCCACCAAUCACGUGGGGCCUUUCCUGCUCACUAAUCUGCUGCUAGACCUCUUGAAGAAAUCAGCUCCGGCUCGCAUUGUGAACGUUUCCUCAGCAAAUCACUGGAGAGGAAAAGUGGACUUCUCUCAUUUCCGCGGGGAAAACUUGGUCUAUACGAUGGACGCUGUGUACAAUCACACCAAGCUCCACAAUAUCAUCUGGACUAAUGAGCUGGCACGCAGGCUUAAGGGAACAGAUGUGACUGCAAACUCCCUGCAUCCAGGAAUAGUGAUGACAGAAGUUAUGAGGCACUAUAACUUUGUUGUUCGACUGAUCUUCAACAUGGUUGGAUUUUUCUUCUUCAAGUCUUCAGAGGAAGGCGCAGUCAGUACGAUAUACUGCGCUGUAUCAGAAGACACUGAGGGGAUCACAGGGAAGUAUUUUGACAGCGACUGCUCCCUUGUCCUCCCAGCUCCACUGGCCAGAGACCCUGCUUUAGGAGCCAAGGCCUUCGAGCACUGCGAGAGACUGACUGCUAAGCUCUAAAGCACUGAGAGAACAGCAGAUCUCCUGCCCUAUCACAAUACAGCAUUACAGAACUGCUCUGAAAAGUUGGAAUAUCUAAUGGCUUGUAAACACACUAUUAAAAAUACUAUAUAAAGCCAAA